AGGCGCGGACGCUUCCGGGUCACGUGCCGGAAACCGGGAAGCUGGGUACGGCGAGAGACUGGAGAGGCUGGUCUGGUCCUGUCUUCCCAAAAUGGCUUCGCUGCUGCAAUCCGAGCGCGUUUCCUAUCUAGUACGGGGCGAAAAGGAGAUCCGCAUGCCGCUCUCGCAGCUGUACUUCUGUCGCUACUGCAGUGAGCUCCGGUCCCUCGAGUGUGUCUCUCAUGAGGUUGAUUCUCACUAUUGUCCCAGUUGCUUGGAAAACAUGCCAUCAGCUGAAGCCAAGCUGAAGAAGAACAGGUGUGCUAACUGUUUUGACUGUCCUUGCUGUAUGCACACUCUUUCUACCCGAGCAACCAGCAUCCCUGCUCCACUGCCUGAUGAUCCAGCCAAGACCACGAUGAAGAAAGCUUAUUACCUGGCUUGUGGCUUUUGCCGCUGGACUUCCAGAGAUGUUGGCAUGGCAGAUAAAUCUGUUGCCAGUGGAGGUUGGCAGGAGCCAGAAAAUCCUCAUGCUCAAAAGGUUAACAAACUGGUUGAGUACUAUCAACAGCUGGCUCAGAAGGAGAAGAUGGAAAGGGAUCGUAAAAAGUUGGUUCGACGCAGACCUUACAUGCCACUGGCUUUUUCGGACAAGUAUGGCCUUGGAACCAGGCUGCAGCGUCAGAGGCCUGGGGCCCCCAUCAGUGCCCUCACAGGACUUUCUCUGAAAGAUGGAGAGGACCAGAAGGAGAUAAAAAUUGAACCUGCUCAGGCUGUGGAGGAAGUGGAGCCGUUGCCUGAGGAUUAUUAUACACGGCCAAUCAAUCUAACAGAAGUGACAACUCUGCGUCAGCGCCUUCUCCAGCCAGACUUUCAACCCAUCUGUGCUUCUCAGCUCUACCCACGUCAUAAACACCUCCUGAUCAAACGCUCACUUCGAUGCCGGAAAUGUGAACACAAUUUGAGUAAACCAGAGUUCAAUCCUACAUCUAUCAAAUUCAAAAUCCAGCUGGUAGCUGUCAACUAUAUCCCAGAAGUGAGAAUCAUGUCAAUUCCCAAUCUGCGCUAUAUGAAGGAGAGUCAAGUUCUUCUAACUCUAACCAAUCCAGUGGAAAACCUUACCCAUGUGACAUUGAAAGAGUGCGAGGAAGGUGAUCCUGAUGACAUCAAUAGUACUGCUAAGGUGGUAGUUCCUUCCAAGGAGUUAAUCCUGGCAGGCAAAGAUGCAGCAGCAGAAUACGAUGAGCUGGCAGAACCUCAAGAUUUUCAAGAUGACCCUGACAUCAUAGCUUUCCGGAAGGCUAACAAAGUUGGGAUAUUCAUCAAGGUCACUCCGCUGAAAGAAGAGGGAGAAGUUACUGUAAGUUUUAAGAUGAAACACGAAUUCAAAAACCUUGCUGCUCCUAUCCGGCCCAUGGAGGAAAGUGAUCAGAGUUGCGAGGUCAUCUGGCUCAACCAUCAUGUGGAGCUUAGCCUGGAUCCUGUGCUUCCAUGAAGCUUUCCUGUAACUGGAACCUAAAUGAUGGCCACACACUACAUUGUCACUGUUAUAUUGAAGAAUGCAUCCUGACAAAAAUGCUGAAGGCACUGCUUCAUGGAGGCUCCUUUGGAUGUGAACUUACACACCACAAAAUUCAGCUAAAAGAUACAGAGGUGGGAUUAAAAGAGAAGAGCCACACUUCUAGAUGAUAAGUUCCUUCACUCCCCUCUCCUCAACACCUACUAUGUGAACUGGUGGUUUUCCCACUGUACCAUGUGUUUUGUCAGCUUUGUAGCACAAAGCUUGGUGUGUACAUUUUGUGGCCAUCUUGUAUUAUUCCUUGAUGAAAUGGCAUGAGAUUUCCUAGCAAAAACAUUACUGGCUUUCUUUGCAUCUGUUUCACAAAGCUAGUAUUAGAUAAUGCCAAAAUCUAUCUCCUUUGUGGUAGGUUCUGUUCACAGUAAUAAUUAUUCCAAGGCUGCUGCAGUAGCACCUUCUAGUAAAGCAGCAAUCAGCAGCAGCAGCAUAAUAUGUUCUUGCUUCCACCAUAAGUUGGUUAUACCGCCUGUUUCAAAUAGCGCUCAUUGGCCUUUUACUCAUGUACCAAACUUAAACGUUGACACUUCAUAGGAUGUUCCUUGUCCUGUACACUUUAUUAAGGAAAAGUGAUUAAGAAAAAAAAGGCAUUUGAAUGCUACCCCAGUGUUCUGCAGUUUUAGGGGUCCACCACUCUUACAUUGGAAAAUGCAGAUUUAAAAUGGAACAGGAUAAUGGGGUAGUCCACAAAUAAAAAUGCUGCUGUAGUGUACUUGUAGCAGGAGUGCCACUGGGGGAUUGGGACAGGAGGCACUGAAGAAGUUUUUGUUAAAUUUAUUUAUUUAGGAAUAGGAUAUUGACCAAAGAUAUUUGAGGAUUUUGAUACGUGAGAUCACUUUUGGUAUGUUUCAAAGCUUAAAAUCUCUUGAGAAAGUAGCUACCAGAACCCACUGUACAUCGUUGCACUGAUGUACUUCAGGCUUGAUUUCCAUAUCAUUAUAAGCAAAAGUGAACGGCUUUCAUAAGCUUUGUAAGCAGUAAAUUGAAUCAAUAAAUAGUUUACAGCUAUGUAAUUUCUAGGGCAUGGCUCUGAUCUUCCACCCAUACUCCAAAUUCAGUAUUACAGUGCUACAUACACACAGAUACAAGAAAAUACAUAGAUAUGUUCCAACACAAGCUUCUUAACUAAUUUUCUUUGUUAGAUUACUGAGAAGAAAAAUAAAGUGGAACUCAGCUGCUUUUUCUGAUUAUAAUUAUCAGGCUGUACAAGAGAUACAGGUGUGCUUUGAAUGGAGCUUUGAUGAUGUACCCUGGGAGUAAUGGAGGCAUGUGAAGAUCACAUGACUACAAACUGUUCUCAACAGGAGUACAUUACAAUAUGACAGAUUAUUCGGUAGCCUGAGAUGGAUAAAAAGUAGAAUGCUUAUUUUCAGCUUGGAUUGAGGUACAUAACUAGGAAGUGAACUCAAGGGAAAAUGCUUUUCUUAUAGAUUUCAAAUUGUUUGGGGGUAUAUUUUAAAAAGUCUUCAUUUGUUUGGCAACAUUUGGAUAAAGGUUGCACCUUAUUUUCCAGUUUCUGCAAUGGGUGUAAAAAACAGAGAAGCUUGAUAUUCACAGGCUUGCAUAGACUAUACGCAAUAUAAAGCAUGAGUGUAAGAAGUCUAGCCAGUGUUUAUUCUUAAAUGUGUAGUAUUUAGUGUCUGCUGCUCUCAAUUUAUAAAAUAACUUAAAAUAACCCAAUUUAACCUCUACCAAGUUAAUACUUGGCUGAGUAAUAUUUUGGAACUUCAGUUUAUAGAGUUGAGCUGUUGCUGGGCUGCAAUGAUGUACACUCAAAGCCUCUUCUUAAAACAUAUAGGAAGUUGGGACAUGCUUUGGAGGCUUUUUAUUUUUAAUAUUUUAAGACUCUCUGUUACGAUGUAUAUUCCACACAUUUCUGCAGAAACAUCUCACUGACUCCUCACUAGAGGACACUGGAAACACUCUGCCUUGAUUAAUAUUAAUAAAAUGACUGUGUUGCCUUAUGGUUUUACUUAAUGUAGUGAACUUGAAAUAAAGAAGCAGACAAAGCCA